AUGUGGUGGAACGACUUAGGAAAAGUCAGCAAAAAUACUGUGGUAAAAGUUUUGGGCGGUCUUGUUGGUCUUCUGAAAAUCAAACCGAGGUUGGAUGUAAUCGAGGCUUUGAUACCCUUUUGGGACCCGACUCAUAAUGUGUUCCAUUUUUCUGAUUUUGAGCUAACCCCCACGCUGGAGGAAAUAGCGGGCUAUGCCGGUCUAAGUGAGAAUCUCAGAAGUCGAUACCCAGUGGCGCCAAGAACAGUGACUCCUCAUAAGUUUUUGGACCUGCUGAGCAUCAAUCGGGAGGUUCAAGAUGGAAAUUUAUCCGAAGGAUUUUGCACAUUCUACUUCUUGUACCAUCGUUAUGGCAAUCCCCACGGUUUUGAAGCACCAGAUACCGGCCUAACUCAUUCAGGAAACAAAGAUAAAUGGGAAGCACGGCGAGGACUGGCUUUUAUAGUGGCAUUCUUGGGUGUUUUAAUUUGCCCAAGAAAAGAUGGAAACAUAGAAUUGGGUCUUAUAGGAAUGGCCGACGUCAUGACUAAAAAAGCUAAUGGCACCCUUGUUCCAAUGAUCUUAGCGGAGAUUUAUCGAGCUUUAGCUGUCUGCCGAGAAGGGGGAAAAUUCUUCGAGGGCUGUAACAUGCUCCUGCAACUUUGGACACAAGAACAUCUCUGUCACCGCUUGAGGUACAUGACCUACGGCAUGACUGGUCUGAACUGCAUUGAAGAAUAUGAAAACCGAGUGGUGGGUUGUGAAUUUCCAGAAGUCGAGGUGUGCUAUCUUCUCUUAAUGGGCCUCCGAAGCAUCCAUUCAUACGCUCCGCACAGGGUGCUACGCCAGCUAGGCCGGUUUCAAACUAUCCCACAUGAUGAAGAUCUGAGCCGACAAGUCAUUGAAUUGGGUCCAAAAGCUGUGUUCCCCGAAGCAAAAGUUCGUCAGAUUUGGAAUCAGUGUAGGUUUCUAGAGCCAAAGACUCGGGUAAGGGAUGUAUCCAAAGGCGAGCUAGAGCCUAGUUACACGAUUUGGUUUGGUAAAAGGUUUCAAGUCCAUCAAGAGCCCGAAAGGCCUGCUAAAAGACCCCAUGUCCAGCAAUUCACUGAUGAGUCACGGGAGCAAUGGGAUUGGUUGGAAAAAGAGACAAACUACAGAGCCACAAUAAGCAAAUUGGAGGGGCAGAUCCGUGAUCUUAAAUUUGACAACAGUGUACAAGCUGCUGCUGAUGAAGGGGAAAAGAAGAAAUUGGCUCAGGAAAACAAAGCCCUUCGAUCCCAGAUCCAAAAAUGA